GGUAACGACCCCGUGGCGUAUACCACGUGGCGCUGCUAUGUGUACCACGAGACGCGGCGAUCGCACUCGCGUGCGGCACCCCGGCUCCGGUGCAUCGCGGUCUGACGCAUUGUCGUCUCCCUACGACGUGAAAUUAUACGAUACAAAUUAGAGGCGUUGCGAGAAAAUAAAACGCGACGUGCACGAUUGAUGGAUUGGUUAUCGAUGACGUUUGCACUUCGCGCUUCUAGACUCAUAUAUAGAUAGGAGGAAGUUAUCUCUUCCGGAUUAUUUUCAAUGACACAACAAAUAGAGCAUAAAUAUCGGAGCAUCUUGCAACUUCUUUUUUUUUCAUUUGUGCAAAUAUUAUAAUUUAUAAUUUUUUUUCAAACACAAAUGCGUUGGUGAAUGAAAUAUUUAUAAGUGAAUGCAUUUAUGUAAGUGAAUCUUCAGAUAAUAAGCGGUCUACACAAACACGAAAGUAAACAACGGAGGUGCCACGGAUACAUCUGGAUGUGACUCGUCAACCUCCUAGGACAGAUCUAUCUGUCAAAAGAGCGGAUGAUAUUGCCGCGAGAUGAUCUGACUGUCAUCACCAUCAAGGAAUGAUCGGAUAUUCUAGAGCUCCUUUCUCUAUCAAUCGAGGCACUUAGAUGUCGAGCGCCGCUCGUUCUCGCAGACCUUCAGCAGAGAGGACCAGAAGAAGAGGAAUGCGACGUUCUCCAUACAAUCGGAGCAUUGUCAAAUUUCCUUGGAGAACCUUAAACCACCCCUCUAUGAAUAAGGAAUAAAAUUCCUCGAAUCUCGUGCGUAGAGGCGCGUAACGAAGAAAGGGAAAAAAGGAAAAAAAAAAAAAGAAAAUUACACCAGGUGACAUCGACUCGCGACCUGUCGUCCCUUCUCUUCGUCCUUCCGCCUGCGCCGGAGGAUGCGCGUCCUGAACGGCCAAUUGAAAUACGCCUGUUGUCGUGUAUCGAAGGGCUCCUGAAUAAAGGGAGCCAGUCGUCACGCGUGUAGUGUUAAAUAAAGAGGGGGGACGAAUGCAACACGCACAUGCCAUUCUUUCUAUCUCGUCCUCCCCUUUCCCUCCCCCCGGCUGAUCGGCCUGCUUCUUCGCAUGACAGUCUACAUUGCAACUUUGUGACACGUCCGAGGUAUCAUCGUCUCGCGGGUAUAUCGUUUCUUCUCCGCGGAGGAAGAUGACGUUCGUCGCGACGAUGUCGAGGAGAAGGGAACGCGAGAGUCCCGGAGGUCUUGACAGAGGACUUGGAGAUGUUCCUCGGGAUAUUAGGAUAACUUCUUAAAGUCUAGCUGAAAAUUUAAAUUUAAAAAAGGGAAAAGAAAAAUGCAUCGUUGAUCUAUCGUCUUAAGAGGAGAAAAAGAAGAAGAAAGAAGGGGGCAAAGUGUGAGGUCUCAUUCUUCUUUUAUCACGGGGUUGGUGGUCUUCGGGAUGGGUGACAUGUGAUUCCUGAUGGUGAUAUGGUGACGUAAGAUUCGGUGUGGAGUAUACAUUAACUCGCCGGUGCUAAAGAUCGAAAGCAGCGAAGAUAGAACAUAGAAAGUGAUAACGAAGAGAUCUCCGUUCGCAAGCUAAUAUAUAUAUAUAUACCUAUAUUAAGUGUGUAAAAAUUACCGUAAUAGUGGUAAUUCGAUCGAUUAAUCGAAGGAAUGUCAUUUGCCGAUUUUUACAACGUCUCGAUAACAACUACGAAUUGUUUCACCGAUAUUCGUUUAGAAUUGACUUCGAUAAUAGUUACUCUCGAUAUUUACUUCGAAAGAUAAUUAGCAUCUAUACUUCUCUUAUCAAAACUGACACGGCAACGUAAUAUCGAUAAAGUGGUAAUAUAUAAUACGUUUCCCUUAGUAAUUAUUAUUAAUUUUAAUUUUACAAAUUUUGCCAUAAAUUUUAUUUGAAAAAAAAACAGAUGAGAUAAAAAUAACGAGCAUAAAAGAGUGUUAUGAAAUUUACAGAAGAGAGGAAGAGAGAGCAAAUAAAAUAAAAUGAUCUUAUUGAUUAACGCGUGAUUGUUUUAUGUGUAAUAAAUUAUUUUACGAGUAUAAUUAUGAUGAGCCACUCAAUAUGAACUAUCUAAAAAUAGCGCUGUAUUUCGUAAUUUAAACGAUGAACUCGUUUUUUUUUCCCCACUUGCUGUCAGUAAUUUCGCUCAAAUGUUGAUUAUCCUAUCAUUUAACAAUUAUAUUCAUGGCCUAAUUGCGCGAUCUUAUAUAAGGCGAAUAUCUAAAGCAAUUACAUACAUUUCAUAUACAUUUUUUUUACAGUACGGGGUCUCUUUUUUUCGCAACACUCGCGAUUGCUCUUCGAGGGGUUGGUUUGUACUUUCAACUUCUUCCUAACUCGUGAAUUUCCGUGCAAGUAAAAAAAAAAGGAAAAGUGCGUCGGACAAGAGAGAACGAAAAGGUGGGACGUGCAUCGCGUGCGAAACGUAAUUUCUCCCUUUUUCGUGUGUUCUGCGUGUGUCGCACACAAGGACACUCGCCGAUGCACGGUGCGUACGAGGAACGAUCGAUGAAAAUCGAUAGAGGAGAAACUCUGACGAAAAAAAAAGAGAGAAAGGAAAAAAACUAUCGUCUAGAAACACAUCGGUUGACAUGUAGCGCACGAAGCUUUGCAAUUAUUGUUAUCCCUUUCGCGAGUGCCACCCCGUCUCUCUCUCUCUCUUUGCUCUCCCCUACAUAUAUGGUAUUAUUUUGUGCCGCCCGCGUGUCGCGAGACUUUGUUCAACUUCGUCGACCGAAACUGAUAAAAUAUAUAACGUUGGCUCUUUAAUACUUAAUUAGCGCUCUCUUUCCCCCGUUCAGCCGUAAUUAUUAAACAGUUUGUAUUCCGUGAAUCGAAGAAGGGAGAGAAGGGGAUGAAUCGUUCGUCCUAUAUGUGAAUACUUUUAAACGCGAUGCGAAAUUUCUCGCUUAUCAGACGUACCAAAAAUUCCUCCUCAUGUCGCUUAAAUAUAACUAAAAUAAAAAAAAAAUGCGAUCGCACGAUCAACAUCCGGACGUCGCGUUGAAGCCGCGACGGAAGAAAUUGUCGUCGAGGGAGAAAUCCGAUCAUCAAUCGUCCGCGCGAUCCUCUCGUUGGCCCAGGGUGACGAUUUUCCGCGGCAAGAAGUCGCACGGGGAGUCCAACAACGAGGAUCCCGAGAGGAGCCUGUCCCGAUUCGAGGAGUCCGCCGAUCCCAACGUCGUCGCCUGCGACAUCGUCGAGCUUCUCCGCGACGCGAGUAACGAGGACAGGUCGACCUGUCCGCGAAUCUCCAGCUCGACGGAGCCCGAGGAGUCGGCCGACAUCUGCUCCACGUGCAAGGAUUGCGCGGAAUGUCAGCUGCGGCAGCAGCAAGAUUGCGCGAAGAUACGGAAGACCGAGGAGGAGGAAGAGGAUCGUCGUCGCCGUCGUCGGGACGAAGAGCUGACGGAGCACUUGGAUUAUUUUGGCGGCGACGAGACGGAGGCUUCCACCACGGAGGAACACGAGAAGGCCCCGAUUCUCGUCGAUCUGACCAGCGAAGAGUCGAAGCAGACCACCUGGAAACAGACGAUCCUGAAGAGAUUUGGAGACACCGAGGAAGAGAGCUCGGAGAUGUCGGAACCUCGCAUCAUGAUAGCCGACAGUUCCAGCAGGCUCCAACGUGGAGGGACAGGCGGCAGCCUGGCGACCGCCCUGAGGGAUCGAGGCCCUUGCGUGAUCCCCGUGCAGCCUAAUCGCUCCUUGCCGAUCCGUCCAGCACCGCCGACGCCGACGAGGUCGGCGGCGUCGCUCGUGACGUCGCGGAAAACGUCGCGCUCGCCGAUUCUCAAACUGUCCAAAUCCCAGGUGUCGAAUCUCGUCGACGUCGUCGAGGUGCAGUCGGACAUAUCCUCCUCGAUGUUGACCAACGAGCUGAACGACGAAUUCCCUCCUUUCGCCCAGCAGGAUGGAAUGAUGCACGCGAUCGAUCGCUCGGACUACGUUCUGUCGCGUAUUCCGACUAAUACCGUGCAGAUUACGAAAGAGGUCAAUAAUGUUAAGAAGAAAAACGGCGAAGAUAGAGAGAGAGAAUACGAGAAGAAACUUACCAAAGACGUGAAGAAGCGGAGGAAAUCCCACGAAGUGGACGCCAGUCACGUACAGGACGAACGUGUCAAGAAUAUUUUGAAAGAGUACUCCAAAAGUUGUUCGAGUAAUUUGAUCGACAAAGGAGAAAAGAGAUCGCAGCAGCACGUGGUGAUAAGAUUGUGGGAUGCUAAGAGAUAUUCGUCAUCAGUCGUAGUAUCAACGACGGAGCCGGAGGGAGAGAAGACCAAGGAAAUCUGUAACAAAGUCGUGCCACCCUUAAAAUUAAAAAAAAUCGUACGCGAAGCGAGCACCACCAACGAAUACCGCAACGUCGAGAUGAAUGCCGGGAAGUCGGAGAACGAGUCCAACUAUCGCAUCGUCACCGGGGCCACGCCACGUCCGGAGUCGCCGUCUGGUUAUUCCGCCACUUCCUUCUGGAGCAGCGUGAUCUCGGAGAAGGAGGAACUCGGCGAACCGUCGACACGGGACAAGGGUCGGCGAUCCUCGCCAAAGAGCGAUGGCUACAAGAUCAAGUAUCGUCGCAAUCGGCUGCGUCAGAAGCUGCGGGAAUUGCGCGGGAAAGCGCUGGAGCUGUCACGUGAGAUGGCCGAAUGCGAUAACGCAGCCGACACCAGUCCUCAACAUAGCACUAGGUUGCGCCAGAUGAUGAAUUGCUACGAGAAGCAGAUCGAAAAUAUCUCCAAACUGCUGUGCAAACUGUCCGCUUCCAUACCGUCGACGACCGACGACGACGUCGUCAUCGAUCUCGACUAUGAGCUGGACGAGCGUUCGAUUUCAGAGAAAAUCAUCGACAAUGACGUUGCACAGAUAAAUGGAGUAUCGAGAAGCAGUGUUUCCCCGUCUCCUUCUCCGGAGCCGCCGAAGCUGUCACCUCGCUCUCCUAUCAACUAUGAGAGAGGUAAAUCACCGGAUGCGAUGAGAGACAGUCCACCAGUGCUACCCAGAGUUUACAUUGCGAUCCAGCCAACUGCUCUAGAGUGUCUGAAGCAAAAUUUAAAAUCUAAAAGCUGGCACGAAAGCUCAUCGAGUUCGACGAUCGAGAAGGAUGUGAAGAUGAAUGACACCGACGAUACCGUGAUGAAUUCAACGAUUUGCGAUAAUACAGCAACACCGACAAUUGCAUCUCCGAUUUCAUCGUCAGAGUUCGAAGUCACGGGAAGCAGUUCGGUAGAUUGGGAAAGAGAGGAGACUUUACCGAAGCUGAAGAGUCCAGAAAUCAAGGAGAAGAUAGCGGAGGAAGAUACCAAAACGUCGUUCGUCGACGUUCAUCGGCAAGCGACACCGCCGAUAUCUUCGGACAACUUUCUUAUAGGUUCGACGAUGGAUCUCGAGAUAGACGGAAGCGACGUGAGGGACACGAAAGAAGGACCGGCCGCUCAGAUUGGACAUCUCGAGGACGUAACGCAGAUUUUGGAAAUCGCCGCGAGCAAACAGAUCACUUGCGAGAAACAGGAACCGGAUCAGAGAUCAAACGAGGCUCUAUCUUCGUCCAGUCCGCUUAUUGCCGAGGAAGCUGCAAAGACCACGGAAUAUGGAAGCUAUGAGUCGGAAGAAGGGAUCAACAGCGAGGGUAAAGCGGUCGUGAGCGCGGUCACUGCUACACAGGAUGCUGCGUCAACGAUAGCAACCGGACGACCGCAAGUGCCUACCGCCAAUGUGACUAACAUCUUGCAGUUGCAGUCAAAUUAUUACGGCUCGUCCGACAACGUUGUUUUUACGGGCGUCAUACAGAAUUCGAGGAAUGCGCAGAAGAUGAUGACAUCAAAUAUGAAUCAAUCUGUGGCAUUAGAUCCAACAAUGCCUUUGGGAUUCCCUCAAUCUGGAUCUACUGUUAGCAGUUCAAAUCAACAAUGCAUCGUCCUGCCUAACAGCUGCAACAGCAAAGUCAUUCAGGAGACUAGCAAUCAGCGAAAUGAGGGAAACCGUAUCAUGACGGAACAAUUUCCUACAUUGGGCAACUGGGUAGCGCGAAUGUCGAAGAAGCAGGCUAUCAAAUCAAAGUCUAAAUUACAAUCUGGAGUUAGCUUACCAACUGCAUCGACAGCGGAAACUGCUCGUAUUCCCGGACUGGAGACGCAAAAAAUCCGUGCAAGCGCGCCGAGUAACGUGACACGAAACAAUAUAGUCAACGUGGCACCGCAAUGGAACACGGAAAGAUGGCAACGUCAACAGCAUCAGCAACGUCAGCAACAAUUGUACGCAGCGGCGUCGUCGGCCGCGCCCGCGGUGAGGCCGGGUAUCUGCCCUCCCAUCUCGGUUACCCAGUUCUAUCCACCUAAUUACGCGAUUGAUCCUUACGGCAGCGCGGCUUUCGGUUACCAUUCAGCGAUAUGUCCUUACGGCGACUACUCUUAUCAUUCACGCCUGCAUCCCACCGCAUCAUCGAUAAGCGGUCCGUAUCCGAUAAAUCCGUUGCAGGACCCACAGCAUCCCGCCUCUCCGCUUCGCCAGAUGCAGCACCUCGACAAGCGUACUUUUCCCGCGCACAUCCAGGACGCGGCGACUCGCCACUACGCCGCUACGGAUCUCCUCAAGUAUCCCGGCUCACUAUCCGCGGGUGGCUAUCAGCACGCCGCGGCCGCCGCCGCAGCCGCUGCUGCUGGCUUGGACUACGAUCAUCGACUGAGAACGGCAACAGCCGCCACGCAGAACGGCACCCCAUCGGCCUGUCUACCUUCGCUCUUGCUACCACCACCUCCGCCGUUGGGAGCCACGGCGCAGCACGGCACCCUGGCGGCGGCGCGUACCGCUCUGGCCAGUUAUCCUGCCGCGAACAACGGUCAAUGCGGCAGGAACAGGAUGAUCCCGGACGUCGUCGCCGCGGCGGCGGCGGCAGCGGUGGUCGCGGCUGCCUCCUUCGGUCGACAACGCGGUGCGGUCUUGCCACCGUACGGCAGAACCGACGCGGAAAUCGGCGGCAUCGCCGGCGUCAUGGACAACGAAUCCACGCAGCUGAUGGCGACGAACAGGGCGACGGCGAGUCGCGAGCGUCUGCCGCAAGAGCCGGUGCAGCCUAUGGCUGGCGUCAACAUAGAUUCGCGACUGAACAACGGUGGCUACCGUCAGCUGCAGAAUCUAAUUUUGGACCGAUUACCUUACGUAAAGACGGACGAAGUCUCCUAUCCUCAGCCGCCCACGGCCAUCUUCGGCGACAACGCACAGGAAUCGACGUCUUCGGUAGCCACGUCGACUACGUAUAAAUCCACUCCGGUCUUGUCGUCCAACAGUGGGUUGGCUGGCAAGGAAUCCGUGAGGAAAGAAAGUCGUAACUGCGAAACGCCGCAUCUGGGAAAGGUGAACCGCACUCUGGAGACUACGAACAAUCUGGAAUGUUCUAAUUGCGGUCUGAUUGGUUCCAUGUUCAAGUGCCUGGGCUGCGAAGCGGCCUUCUAUUGCGAUGAGAGAUGCCAGACUCGUCACUGGAGCAUUCACGUGGAGAAAUGCCCCAAGAGAAUGCCUAAGCUGAAGAAACUUGUCUGAGAAUAUCUAGUAGAAGCUGUGGAAGAAUCGAGGUUUUGUAAAUAAAUUAAUAUCAAGUUAAAUUUUAAUAUUAAAUUAAUAUUA